GGCUUGAUCCUCUUCUCGGGCAGCGGCUGAGAGGAGUCAGUGCCGAGCUCCCCUCCGCAGCCGGGACCCGGCCGAGCCGCCUCGCUCUCUCCCAGCACCGCGCUCUCCCACCGGGCGCCUAUGGGCAUCUGCAGAGAGCGAGGACUUCGCACCACCGCCAGCGGGCGAGGACCGCGACCCCGCUCCACCCCGCCUUUGGACCUAUAGCCGGCAGGACGGAGCGCGCUGCGGAGCCUUCCUCGCCUCACCGCAGGAUGAUUUGGAAAUUGGCCGUGUCCAUCUUUUUGAUGGCAGCACUGGCUAGAGUAGCAGACAGCAGGAAGAACCGCCCGGCGGGGGCGAUCCCAUCCCCCUACAAGGACAGCAGCAGCAACAACUCAGAGCGGAGGCAGCAGCUGAACAAGGAGGUGCUGGCCUCCAGCCAGGAGGCCCUCGUGGUCACUGAACGGAAGUACCUCAAGAGCGACUGGUGCAAGACGCAGCCCUUGCGACAGACUGUCAGUGAGGAGGGCUGCAUAAGCCGCACCAUCAUCAACCGCUUCUGCUAUGGGCAGUGCAACUCCUUCUACAUACCGCGGCAUGUGAAGAAGGAGGAGGAGUCCUUCCAGUCCUGUGCUUUCUGCAAGCCACACAAGGUGACCUCCUCAACUGUGCAGCUGGAAUGCCCCGAGCUGGACCCACCAUUCCGACUCAAGAAAAUUCAGAAGGUGAAGCAGUGCCGGUGCAUGUCUGUGAAUCUGAACAACUCAGGCAAGAUGUAAGAACAGCUGUGUGGCUGCUGCUUGCUGUUUUCCGGUUGUCCACAUCAGGCAUCCCGCUGCAUCUCCUCUCCCUUGGGCAGACUGCCUGUUUUCUUGUUUUUUUUUUUUUUCUUUUUUCCCUGUUUAUUUUUCAUUUCGGGAGAUAUCUCUCCAGAAAGGAAAGGCUCCUUGUCAUGUGCCUACUGGAAUAAAGCUGUUUAAUGGGCUAUGUUAUGCACUUGACCAUCAGGUUCAUUUUAUGUCUGGUAUCAUCUGACAGUUGAAUCUUACGGGGUGGAGCAGGCUCCUGAAGUUGAGACUGUGCAUCUAAGUGACCAGUUGGCUGAAUGCAACGUUAAAUGUUUCCACUGUGUGGAGUAAAGCCAUCUCCCUACACUCCAGUCCCCUCCACCAGAUGAGAUGCCUUCCCAUUAAGCUGUUCCGGAGCUUGCUGCUGUCACCACGAUAGGCUGGGUUCUGCCCAAAUCUGGGUGAGGCAGACCAGGGAGAGCUACAAAGAGUAACAUACAAAAAAAGACUCUCUGUCAAGGCUCGGCUUCUUGAGACACCUCUUACUGUGCAAUUGACAAACUGUUCCAAACUUGUGGUCUGAACUGCAGAUAAGAGCUGAAGGGGAGAGGGCGAAACGUCAGAUCAGCCGCCAUGAUCACAUCAGCAGCCUGAAGGAGGAUUCUUAAGCUGUUGUGGCUGGAAUAUACUGAACAUGUGGUCUCUGCAGCAGUGUUUGUUUUGUAACUUAGCUAUAGUAAACAGCUGCUUAAAGUA